UGGACUUCUUCAGGGCCAGAUUCAAGCAGACAGAGAGGAGGGAAACGCAUUCGCGAGCGCUUUGAAUUCAGCUAGCUGCGCCUCUGCAUGCAGAUGCUUCUUUAAAGCUGACGCCCGGGGGUGCCAUAGCGCUGAGGAGCAAAGGAACGGGUUGGUUCUAUUGCUGAGAGCACUGGCAGUGGCGGAGAUUUUGGGAGGAAAAAGUAGUUGCUUGAAGCAGAGAGAGCCCCUUUGUUGCUUUGUUCAAGCAGGCGGCGUGGAUUCAAGAAGAAAGCGGCCUCUGGCUGCGGAUGCCGGAUGGUGUGGGAAGCGGGGGGGUGUAAGAUGAGGUGACAGGGGUUUGGCUGGCCGGCAGCCUCGAGGGGAGGAGGGGAGGAAUGGCGGUGACCGCUGUCCAGGCUGCGGCUGGCACAUUACCAUCGAGCACCGUGAGAUUCGACGAGUGCUGCUCGCUCCUCAGCAGUCUGCCGGGGCCACAUUUGCAAGGGAGCUUCACUGCAGCCAUCGGAUCUGGUUUGGCGCCAUCUGAGGGUCCAGAUUCCAGAUGGAGGCUAAGGUGGCGGGAGCGGAUCGGGGGGUACCUGGAGAGAAGACCCGUGCGGAGCCCUGUUUCGUGCUCCGCAGAUCGGCAAUGGGGGGCAGCAGUGGGCGAGAGCUUGUAUCAAUCGAGCCUGAUUCUACCCAAUGCCGGCACGCUCACUUUGGCAGUACCUCAGGUAGAGUGCCUGGAGGUCACGGGGGGCCACGCUUUAGAAGGCCGGGUACGCAUCAGCGGGGCCAAGAACUCGGCUCUUGCAGUUCUUGCUGGCGCUCUCUGCUGCGAAGAACCGGUCGUGCUUCGCAUGGUCCCAGAUCUGCACGACAUCAAGCGGAUGAAGCAGGUGCUAGAAUCUGUAGGAGCGACGGUCAAGCGCGGUCACGACGGCUCCGAUAGUUGCGUCCUGGUGGACGCAUCAGAACUGACGUCCGUGGAGCCGUGUCCGGACGUGGUCCGGAAACUGAGAGCGAGCUUCUUUGUGCUGGGGCCAUUGCUGGCGAGGAUGGGAAAGGCGGUUGUGCCGCUCCCGGGGGGGUGCAACAUCGGCGCGAGGCCGAUUGACUUGCACACGAAUGGGUUGAGGGCGCUGGGGGCGGAAGUCGAGCGGAAGCAUGGGAAGAUUUACGCGUACGCCAAGAACGGGCGGCGAUUGGUGGGAGGCCAUGUGCAUAUGGACUUUCCCAGCGUGGGCGCCACAGAGACGAUCAUCAUGGGGGCCGUUUUAGCAGACGGGGAUACAACCAUCACAAACUGCGCGCAGGAGCCCGAGGUCCGGGACCUCGCCGACUUCCUCAACGCGUGCGGCGCUCGCAUCCGCUUCGCCUCCAACAACACCAUCUGCAUACAAGGCGUGAAACGCCUGCACUCCGCCGAGUUCACCGUCAUUCCGGACCGAAUCGAGGCGGGCACUUUCCUCACCGCGGCUGCGAUCACGCGCUCGACGAUCUCGAUGUCCCCCGUCUAUCCCACGCACCUUGCGGCGGUCAUCAGUAAACUGCAGGCGAUCGGGUGCCGCAUCGGGCCCGACAUGGAGCUCGGACCGCAUAGUGUCAAGAUUGAGUGCCCCCCCAACCUGCGGAGCUCAGAGAUCAACACGCUGCCCUUCCCCGGCUUCCCCACCGACAUGCAGCCCCAAUUAAUGGCCCUACUAACUACAUGUUCUGGGACCAGUCAUAUCACCGAAAAUGUGUUUGAGAGCAGAAUGCGCCAUGCGGAGGAGCUGCAAAAGCUGGGCGCAAAGAUCAUCGUCAAAGGAAAGGAGGCCCGGGUGUACGGCCAGGAUGGCGGAAGCUCGCUGUACGGUGUGGAGGUCGAGGCGACAGACUUGCGCGCGGGCGCGGCGCUCGUGCUGGCGGGGCUGGCGGCCGAGGGGCGGACGCACAUACAGGGUCUCCACCACGUGGAUCGCGGCUAUGAGCAGUUUGAUAAGAAGCUGCGCGGGCUUGGGGCGCACAUCCGGCGCCUCCCGUGCACGCCGGUCGAGCUGCAGGACGUCCUGGUCUAGGCGGCGGGUUAGCGCACGGGUUUGGGCGUGGUUCCGGGGGGUUUGGGCGAGGGUUUCGGGGGUUUUGGUCGGUUGGGGCGGUUGUUUAAGCGGGUUCUGUGAGACAUCGUCGAGGUUGGCGGCCGGGUCGAGCGGGAACCAAGGGAGGGUCGGGCGAGGUUGAGCAACCGCGGGGGGAGGUUAGUGUGAGGGUUUGGCGGAAGAUUCUGGCCUCGGUGUGCUGUGUACUUCAGUGCAGGUUUGGGCUAGGUGUGAGCCAUAGUCUGAGCAAGGGCCGUGGGCAGAAGGUGUGGGGAUGUGGGGCGAGGGAGUUUGGGCGGAGUGGUCAAGAACGAUUGUCGAUGGUGGUCUUGCUUUGGUUUGGGAGGGGGGAGACGUGUGCGCGUGAACAAGCAGGGGCGACGAGAGGGCGCAUUGCUUUUGGAGGGCCGCAGAGAGCGAUGAGAAGCAGAGGUCUGGCAUGCGGACUUAGGCGGAAUAAAGGGUAGGGACUGCUAGGAGUUGUUUCCACCGUGCAAUCCGUUUCCCCGGUGGGAUCCUCGCACCCCUCCAAUAAAAGUUGCAAGGCACCAUCACAUCGGGCGCAAGUCUGGGGUGCCGUCAGCUCGGCAGCUAAAGCGUAGCUGUAGCUUUUCUCUUUGCUGGUUCGCAGCGGGAAGGAUCACCCGUCGCUGGUUGGUGCGACCUUUGGAGCUUUUUCGUGUCUGAGCUCUCGAGUUCCAAUGACUGGCACAUGCGGAGCAGCAUUAUGCUGCUUUCGAAUGCUCUUUGCUCGUUUUACCUAGGUACAAGCGGUCUUUGUCUUUAGCAGAGGUUGUAGCGAGUAGCAUCGACUUUACUUCUUUUUUUGUGCUUUCGACUUAAAUUUACUUUCAUUGACAUACAAAACAUCGUUGAGGAGAUAUCACUCCGGCUUGCUUUCACUCCAC